UCAGCCAGCCUUUGCUGUGGCCGUCAACAUGCAGUAAGGAAGCAGAAUCACAAACGCACGCAGACUAGCAGAGGAGACAGGGAGGGUUUGGGAAAAACAAAUGAGCAGAGCAGGAUGAGGCGGGCGGUGCUCUUCUCUCAACCUGUGGUGAGGUAGGAAGAGGAGAACAGACGGAGAGACGGGAUGAAGGACUGCACAGCAAUACGGGAAUAUGGAGGAGAGAAGUUUGUCCGCAUCUCACUGGGGGAGAUGGAGAGCUACUACAGAUGCAUCCAGUGCUGUCAACAGCUGCAAAAUGACAUUCUGCAGAGGGAGGAUGGUCCGUUUGCAGCAGAAAUCGGCCACGAACUCCAGAAACAGUUUGCCAUCCUGCCAGGCGGCCGCGGGAUAAACGGCAACCCUAUCAUCAUCUUCCCAGAGUUCCCAGAUUUCAGCGAGCUGGAGGAGGAGGAGGUCCAAAAUGUCCUCAGCUACCUCAGCAGCAUCCCCAGCAUUGCUGCAUCGGGAGUGGGUUUCAAUCUGGUCAUCGACAGACGACUGGACCGAUGGGCCGCCGUCAGGGCUACCCUGCUCCGCAUCGCAGGUUCAUUUCCAGGGAACUUACACUUGGUUCUGGUGUUACGUCCCACUACUUUGCUCCAGCGGACUCUGUCGGACUUCCUGUUCAAGUACAACAGGGAUGAGUUCAAAAUGAAGGUGGUGAUGCUGAGUUCGGUGACUGAGCUCCAUGCUUACAUCGACCCAGGACAACUGACCACAGAGCUGGGAGGCACGCUGGAAUACUGCCAUGACAGCUGGAUCUCACACCGCACUGCCAUCGAGGCAUUUGCCCUCAUGGUGAAGACCACGGCGCAGACUCUGCAGGCGUUUGGCACUGAGCUUGCAGAGACAGAACUACCAAACGAUGCCGAGGCCACUACCAACCUGCUGCACACUCACACUCUGAAGAAGGACAAAAUGAAGGAGGACCUGCAGGUGGCGCUGUCUCAAGGGGGACGCCUGUUGGAGUGUAUAAACGAGCCUCUACAGACAGACCCUGAAUACAGCAUGACCUACGAUGAACUGGAAAACUUAGCUACAGUUCAGAGACUCCUGGGUCAACUGGAUGAAACACAGACAGCAUUUGAUGAUUUCUGGGAGCGUCACCACACCAAGCUGGAACAGUGUUUACAGCUCCGCCAUUUUGAACAGCACUUCCGUGAAGUCCGCCCCCAGCUCGAUGUGACAGCGGAGCGUUUGUCGGGUUUCUCCGAGGUCAGCGUAAGCCCCGCCCAUGCGGAGCAUGUCCUUCGAGAGCUUAGCAGCCAUGAGGACAAGGCUUGUGACAUACUAGACCAUGCUCUGUCCCUGGCCAGUGAAGGUGACAGGCUGAUAGAAAAUUCCCACUAUGCCGAGGACUCGAUCAGGCCGAAGUGCAGCGAGCUGAGAGGAGUGUGCGAGGAGAUCAGCUCCACUCUGAGGAGCAAGAAGAACCUCCUGCUCACGGCGUUGGAGCUCCACCACGCUCUGGAGAAGGCAUCACGGUGGUGUGAGGACGGCAUCUUUCUGUUGGCCAGCCAGCCGGUGGACCGCUGUCAGUCUCAGGAUGGAGCCGAAGCAGCUCUGCAAGAACUCGAGCGAUACCUGGACACAGCGGCGCUACACACCCUCGCCGACUGCAGCUCCAUCUGCUGCCAGUAUGAGGCGGUGCUCACUACUCAGCUCAGGGACCAGGUAGAGAGAGUUUUCCAGAAGCAAAUCUCCGUCCAAGAGAUGUUUGAGAAGAGACGCAUCAGCCUGAAGAAACUUGCUGCCAAACAGACCAGACCAGUCCAGCCAGUAGCACCAAGACCUGAAGUGAAGUCUCCACUCUCCUCUCCUAAUCAAGAGAGAAAAGAGAGACGAUACUCGGCAGAUAAUGUCAUCUGCAAAAAGGUGGAGUCUCCCAUACAUAACGGUGGCACCAGACAUGCUUCUCUCUCCGAAGAAGAAGAAAACCUGGCAGUGCUUCGGCGCCACGUGAUGAAUGAACUGUUGGAGACGGAGAGAGCAUAUGUGGAGGAACUACUGUGUGUGCUGGAGGGCUAUGCAGCUGAGAUGGACAACCCUGCCAUGGCUCACCUCAUCCCCAGUACCCUGCUGAGCAAGAAGGUCAUCCUAUUUGGCAACAUGUCUGAAAUCUACUACUUUCAUAAGAGGACGUUUCUAAAGGAACUGGAAGCAUACACUGACUGCCCAGAACUAGUGGGCCGCUGCUUUUUAGAGAGGAUGAAGGACCUGCAAAUCUACGAGGCGUACUGCCAGAAUAAACCACGCUCUGAGAGCUUGUGGAGACAGUGCUCCGACUGUGCCUUCUUCCAGGAGUGCCAGAAGAAGCUGGAACAUAAACUCGGUUUGGACUCCUACCUCCUUAAACCUGUCCAGAGAAUCACCAAGUACCAGCUACUGCUUAAGGAGUUGUUGAAGUACAGUAAGGGCUGCGAUGGCUGUGACGACCUACAGGAAGCGCUCUCCUCCAUCCUGGGGAUCCUGAAAGCAGUUAACGACUCCAUGCACCUCAUCGCCAUCACAGGAUACGAGGGUAACCUGUCGGAGCUGGGUCGCCUGCUGAUGCAGGGCUCCUUCAGUGUGUGGACGGAGCAUAAAAAAGGCCACGCCAAGGUGAAAGACCUGGCCCGCUUUAAACCCAUGCAGAGGCACCUGUUCCUGCACGAGAAGGCCCUGCUCUUCUGUAAGAGGAGGGAGGAGAACGGGGAGGGCUACGAGAAAGCUCCGUCUUACAGCUUCAAGCACUCCCUCAGUAUGAGUGCGGUGGGCUUUACAGAAAACGCUAAAGGAGACAACAAGAAGUUUGAGAUUUGGUGCAACUCCAGAGACGAAGUUUUUAUAGUCCAGGCUCCAACACCAGAGAUUAAAACAGCGUGGGUGAACGAGAUCCGCAAAGUUUUAACCCAACAGCUCAAAGCCUGCAGAGUUAAUGUUUCAGAUGCCAGUCAGCAGAAGAGCUCAGACUCUGUUUUCCCGAGUCCCACCAGCAACAACGCCUCCAUCUCCCUCAGUCCCUUUCGUAGCAGUGGUCAGAAAAACCAGAAGAAGCAAGAGGAGAAGAAGGCGGAGACAAGCAUGAUGUCUGACUCCUCUUCUUCACCGAAACACAAAGAUGAACCAGUGACCAGUCCGACCACUGACAGGUCCUCAGUGGCUAAAAAGCGUUUUACUUUGCAGGGCUUCAGCAAUCUCAAGAGUCCAAAAGGCUCGGCCCUGAGCCCCGAGCACUCCUCCAAACGCCACUUGGUCAAGAGUGACCCCACACCGUUUGGGUUCAAAGGCUGGACCAAGGCGUCUCUCUCGGUGGAUGCCUCAGAAGAGAAUGAUGGGUACUCUAGCAGCGAGGACCCCAUAAACUCUGACGCCGAGGAAGAAGGAGGAAGGAAGCUGGCUCCAGGAAAGUAUACAGUGGUAGCGGACUGCGAGAAGGCGGGACCUCAGGAGCUGUCCGUCAAGAGUGGAGACAUGGUCCAGCUUAUCCGAGAAGGAGAGGAGGGACAGUGGUUUGUGAAGAACCUCCGCAGCAGUAAGGAGGGCUGGGUGGCAGCAGCAAACCUCCUCAGCCUCAUCUCAGAGUCCAAGUCAUCCCAGUCGCUCAGCAGCUCAGAUUUGUUGCUGAUUGAUGGCAGCGUCUCUGGGAACCUCAGCACUUCUUCCAGCUGCAGCGAGACCUACACCAGCUUCUCCGACAUCAAACCCUGACCUGCCACCGCUGUCCGCGCGGCUCCAUCCCUCAAACUAAAACAUUUUCCAUGUGGAAUAAAAAAACAAGAAGCUGACCCUGUCACAGGAGGACGGAGACAAAGCGUUUCAUCUCGCAGACCAUCCACCUCACAGUUUGUCGGAUCCAACCAAAAAUCGGAACGCAUCGUUGUGUGUUUCAGCUGACAAACACCUUUUCUGAGUUUUACAGCCACCUGUCAGUCUGCUUGCAACAUAGAUGUUACAGUAAUGUGAUGUUUCCCCUCCUGGAAGGCCAUCUUUAAAGAUCACAAUUUUUGUCAACUACAGAUAAAAGCUACUGUAAAUGUCUUUAGUCCAAUAUUGAAUCCUUCUGAAUAUGUAGCAAGGUGUAGAAAUUACAAUCUGCACUAAAUGUGAGCUCUCAGCAGCUCACAAAGCUGAACCACUUCAAGUCAACAUCACAGCACAGCCGCAGAUUCUUGUGUGAAACCGGUCCAGAUACUAUCAGACCGGGAUUCCACAUGAUGCUUUAGUGUCAGACGUUACUCGUACACUGUGAAAACUGGCAGCUGGCUGCAACCAGAACAAACGCUUUGGGUGCAUCUGGGAGCAUCUCUGAGAAGGUCAGAUUUUCAGGGCGUGUUACUGAAAGUCUCGUCACCUUUUUUGUACGGGGAAAACAUACUAGGUAAAGUGUGUUUAACCCCUGUAGUGUCUGGCAGGCCAGUGGUAUCAGAUUAGUCGCUUUAUAUUUUUUUCCGCAUUCGAGAAUGCUGUAUUCCUCCCAUGCUGUUGAUAGGAGCUUCAUAGUUUCAUGGUAUUAAUUUGUAUAAGAAACAGAGUCAGAUGUAUCACUAGGUGAAUGUCACCAACAGCACUACCUGGUGGUCAGAUGUCAUGCACUUCUCCAGCUACACAUACAAAUCACUUACACAAAGAGCGGCAGCUUGGAACAACUUUUGAACCUCCAUUUUUCUUUUUCUUUUCCAAGAGUGAUUGUCUAACCCACUUCUGAACUGCUCUGGAUUUACCUCCUCAGGAAGCACAAGAAGUUGCGUGGGCAGGCAGGUGUGACUGCAUACCUGCUUGUGUCAGCUCAAUGUCUUUGUGUGUGUGCACUAUUGCACGUGUGCGCUUCAGAACAAAUCCAGCCAGCGUAUGUCACCCUAGCAGGGCUAACUAGCCACAGACAGCAGCUGCAUCAGAGUAACACACAAGAUCCCAUUUAGGGGAAUUUUAGGUAAAUUACUCAGUCCUUUGCCUGCUGGAUUAAUUUAUGUUCAGGUCAAGUUAAUUGAUAACUCUCCAACCCUGGUCAGCCAAACAGAAACAGACACUCAUAAAUGAAAUGGUCUGCAAAUACAUUUUGCGUCACGGCCACUGCGCUCACCUAUCUUUGGUUUGCACCGCAGUAACAAAAACCGGCUUUGUGCCCCUUCUCUACAAGCAGGACUAACCAGGGCCCAGACCUUUCUCGACAUGUUGGCACCACCCCGCCCAACAGCAAUAUUUGUUUACUUACCAAGAUGUAGCCGAGUAAUCGAAUAAUAAAGUGUAAAGUGAUAAUGACAAAGGUCUGACUUUUGGUGUGAAUUACACAGCAGGGGUGGUGGGUAAGCUGAGUUGGCCCUGUAGUGGAAAUUAGGAGG